AAUGGGGAAGAUGAUUGGCUGGAGGGAAAGCGGAAGGUCAAGGAAAGCUUCGGGAAAAGGGGCUUGAGUCGAGAUACAAGUCGCUUCAAAAACAUGGUUAAUACUUGGGUUAAUUUGCAACAAUUCCACAAGAAAUGUGCUGCUGCCUCCGGGCUCUGGAGACCACCUGGAGAACAUUUCAGACAUUUAGUGUGGACAGCGAUGGCGAACAAGUGGAGACUCUUUGACUUUUUUUAAGCUCUCGACAUACAUUUGUUAUCAUGUCAGAGUGUACUAUCCUUUCUUUUUUCAUGAAAAACGAUAGUCCCAUAUAAGUGUUAAAAACAAUGUUGAAGCACUCUGUAUUGUUACGCCGCCUUGAGAGAGAAAAACCGGCAUUGUAAAAACUGCUCCUGCCGCUGCGUGUGCGUUUAGCAGUGUGAGAAAUGACUCAACUUAUGGGAAUAUUUUGUUGUCCUUUCUGAGGAAAUAAGGCGAUUAGAAUACAGCACUCGUCGAGGCCUUGAGUGUGGUAACCUUUAAACCACGUUGCUUAGUCCAUUUCAAGUGGAAUAAACAGCACUUAUCUGAACAAACAAAAAAAAUUACACUGAUGAAGUGACCGUGCAUUUUUAAUAAUUUUCCCGUUAAAAAAUUAUAUAUAUACCUCACUAAAUCAACAUAAAAUUCACUGAACAUCAAGAUACACAUUUAGCACCCCUUCGUUUAGUUUUUAUUUGUCCCGAAUGAACGUGUUUAGGACGCAGGGACUGAGCACGGGAAAAAAAUGUUUUCAUUCAUUCGACGGAAUUUAACCCACGUGCAGCCGCAAACCCAGCGUAAUCCGAGUAAUAAGGGUUGGCAUUAUAUUUGCAUGAAAGCACCGUCACUCACGUUUCGAGCGAGAGAGGCAGGAAGAGUCCUUUAAACUGCUGAGAGUGUGGAGGUGAGGAGAGGGGCUGUGAUGAGAUGGGGGGGGUAAGGGGGUGGAGGCGGGGAGCGAGAAGACAGCCAGCUGUGUUAAAAGCUCCUUCCCCUGCACACACACACACAUACAGAGAGCUCCUACCCGCAUUGGAUUUGGCUCUGGGCACAACAACCCCGUGGCUUUUAGCACUGGAAAGAGUCAGCUUCCUGUAAACUUUAAAAGCCGCCGCGGCCGCCGCGAGGUGCCACCGGUGGCAUGGACGCCCUCUCUCCCAAUUCCACGGCCGCACCGCUCGCGGGCGCCAACGCGAGCGCCAACGUCACCUUCGCGGCCCUGUCGCCGCCACCCGACCACUACACGGCCACGUACCGCGCCGUGUCGCUCGCCCUCGUGCUCGCCAUCUGCGGCGCGGGCAUCGUGGGCAACGUCAUGAUCGUGCUGGUGGUGGUGAGGACCAAGCACAUGCGUACGCCCACCAACUACUACCUGGGCAGCCUGGCCAUCGCCGAUCUCCUCGUGCUGCUCGCCGCCGGGCUCCCCAACGUCUCGGACAGCCUGGCCGAGAGCUGGGUGUACGGCUACGCGGGCUGCCUGGCCAUCACGUACCUGCAGUACCUGGGCAUCAACGUGUCCUCGUGCUCCAUCACGGCGUUCACUCUGGAGCGGUACCUCGCCAUCUGCCACCCGAUCCGCGCUCAGUCGCUGUGCACCGUGUCGCGCGCCAAGCGCAUCCUGGCGCUGGUGUGGAGCAGCACGGCCAUCUACUGCCUCGUCUGGUUCUUCCUCGUCGACGUGCACCCGCGCAGCCAAGGAGGAGGCGGGGGAGAAGAUCCGCGCUCGAACGUCACGGAGUGUGGCUAUCGCGUCAGCCGCAACCUCUACCUGCCCAUCUACUUCUUCGACUUUGCUGCAUUCUACGUGCUGCCGCUGGUCCUCGCCUGCGUGCUCUACGCGCUCAUCGCCCGCGUGCUCGCCAAGGGGGCGGCCGCCGCUGCUGCCAACCCAUCCUGCCUCACCUCCCCGGCACCCGUUCCGCUCCUGCCGCCUCCUCCCGCGUCGCGGACGCUGGCGGCGCCGGCUGUGCCGCUCUCGCUGCCCCUGGCCGCCGUGUGCUCGGGCGCGGUGCCGUCCGUCAAUCGCCGGGGCAAGAGCGCCUACUCCUCCCGCAAGCAGGUGACCAAAAUGCUGGCGGUCGUGGUUCUGCUCUUCGCCGUGCUUUGGCUUCCCUACCGCAUGCUGGUGGUGGUCAACUCCUUCGUGUCGUCGCCGUACCACGACGCGUGGUUCCUGCUCUUCUGCCGCCUCUGCCUGUACGCCAACAGCGCCAUCAACCCCGUCGUCUACAACGCCAUGUCACAGAAAUUCCGUGCCGCCUUCCGCAAGCUGUGCGGCUGCUGCCCUUGCGGCAGCGGAGGCGGCGGAGGAGGAGGAGGAGGCCGUGGCAAACAGGCCGGACGACGGUGGCGUGGCGACGGCGGCGGUUGGAGGGGGCGGCCGUGGUUCUGGUACGGCUUCCACGACGGCCGCGGUGACAGCGGGCGCACGACGUCGUACAGCCAGCACCGCGGCUGCGGCUACGACGCGCGAGACAGCUCCACGACACGCUGCAGCCCCAGCCCCGAUCGCUACAGCCUCAGCACGCAGGAGUCGGCCGCCGUGGCCGCCGUGGCAGCGGCCGCCUUCCACUGGGGGGGCGGUGGCGGCGCCGGAGGAGGAGGAGGAGGAGGCGGCGACGCGCGAAGGCCCACGGUGGGAGACGCGGGGGGCGGAGGGCAGGCCCGGCCCGACCACUGCCACCCACCGCAGAGGAGCGUGAGCUUCACCAGGGUGUGAUUGCCCCACAGCUACCACCAACCUCCCCCCCCCCCCCCCCACACCGCUUCCCCACCACUACCCCGUCUUCGAAUGAGUUUGCUCUUGUGGAAGACGCUGAGAUGUGCCGGCUCCAAGUGGAAACGGAAGGUGACCCAGUUUUAAACCUCUGCCGGUCGAUGAUGAGAGUGGCUGCUGUUUUAGUCAAUGUGGCGGCACGUGACGGAUGCGCACGGUGCAUCGCUUUAACUCGAGUGACAUGAUGCGAAUGUGGAAAAGGCCUGGAAGUGAUUGCCAGAAGCAGCUAUGUGGAACAUUAACUCGGUACAAGGUCCCUGGAUGCGUUUUUUUUCCCCCAAAGUAUUCCACAGAUAGUGGCGUUUUCAGCAAUUGCUUUCAUUACAGUUGAGCGGGCAAAUGUUUGUAAUGACAUUUAGCUUCGUAUAAAUAAUAUUUUUUAAAGUUUCAUUCAUUUAAAUCAAGUGAGAAAGUUAAAUUGGUGAUGAAAAUACAAUUGAAUCGACACACUGCAUAAUGGCAUUGCUUGUCAUGUGCCAUGCAAAUUAAACGAAAUAGCGGAUCACGUAAGUAAGUGCAAUUUUAAAUGCGCAACUCUUAUAAGCUUUGUUAUCACGAGUCAAUAUGUGAAAUCUGUCUUUUAAAUUGUGACUAACAGAGUAUCGGUUUUCUUCCUAAACACGAAAUUUCUAAAAUAUAUAUUUUUAAAACAGCACCUAGGGACUCUUUGAAAAUAAAAAAAAGUACUUCUCACUACUACCAUCCAGUGAGAUUAAUUAUUUGAGGUCACCUGCUGUUGGUGUUGAUGAAUGUAUAGAGUUUAUCUUCCUGUUGGUAAGAUGGACUAGUAUUCUUGAUUUUCGCUUAUACAGUUGCUCCAUACUUUUUAAGUUUUCAACCGCAAUUGAUGAAGUCUAAACAUCGUAAUUGUAUAUAACACCCUCGUGUAUAUGUGAACUAUUCGUGCUGUAGAAGAAAUGUAAUUCCGAGUAUUCAAUAUUUGUACAGAUGUCAUUUUCUUGCAUUAAUUAAUGAAUCACACAGACGCUUUACAUGACACUGACCUCCAUUGCUGUCAAUCAAAUCUCUGAAUUAAUUUCAAGGACAUAAAGCCAGUGAAGACUGUUUCUCUCAACCCUCAAUGUUAGAUUAUGUGGUAACCUUACAUGCCUUGUGUGCAUGUGUCCUCGCCUAAAAAUAUAUAUAAUAGACAAAUUGUACAUUUUCCACAAACAAACAGAUUCUCCACAGAUUUGUCGAAUCCCGACAACAUUAUUAAGUUUUGCUUGUGAAACGGGAAAUGAAAAAUCUUGCACAAGACAUUUUUGUCCAAAAUUAUAUUAAAAUUGUGACGUGAGUGGGUGGCAGAGUGUCACAUUGGUCACGCUUGUGCCUCACAACAAGAAGGGCCUGGGUGUGAUUCUGGACCCGGGGGGGGGGGGGCCCUUUUUGUGUGAAGUUUGAAUGUUGUUCCCCUCUUCUGCACGAGUUUCCUCAGAGUUCUGCGGUUGGCUCUCAGCUAAACAUCAACACACAAUGUAACUGUUAUUGGACAGACAUCCCAGUGCUGAAAAAUUAGCUGCAAAUCACUCCAUUGGAAUUACAGAGAGCAACAUCGCGCUCCCCCUGCCGUGAAAACCUGGCAGGGCCCUCUUGAAAACGAGUCUUGAGAUUCAGCGAGGCGUUCUUAGGUAAACACGCGUAACAAUAAAAGUAACAAUCUCGUGUAAUUGCGACGAAUACACUUCCAUUCUGGAACUCGGCAGGUAGCAGUGCAUCACCCCGUGUCUGAGAACAGCUCCACAUGCAUUUACAGGAUGGGUGUUAAGGAAAAACAAAAGCGACUAGGUUGUGGUGACGUACAUGAUUGCAUUCGACCCGAAGCUCUCUAAUUAAGGUCACGUAUUUGCAAUAAAUGCACCGCGGUUGGAACACAUGGGGCGGAUGACCAAAAAUCUGAGCUUCCUUUUUGGAAAGACACACGACCACCCCUCCCGCCACCGCUCAAUCAUCACGCAACGAUGACAUUCCUCUCUUAAACACCAGUGGGGUCAACGGUGCUUAAGCCAUUAACAAGGAGGCCCGGGGCAAUUUAGUUGAAUGUGGCACAUUCCCGUGUUAUUGAAAAUCCUUUCAUCUUAACCCCCCUUGCUCAUCUUUCUGCUCCGCUGCUCAACAGAAACGAUUGCCAUUUCAUCAUCGUGUUAACUUUCAACGCUUCGCAUUUAUCUCGCAGAGGAUCAAGCGCGAUUAUGAUGAUUACCCGCGUGCUCCUAAUUAUUGGUGGUGUUGGCCUCUUGCUCACAUGCAUUGUGAAUAAAUGCACUGUCAAUGUCCCACUCGUCACUCGAAGCACCGUCAAUUAACAUAAAAUAAUGAAGUUGAAUCGUGUAAUCAGCCACAGUUUUUUCUAGUUACGCCGACGACAGCGACACAUGGGUGCACAGACUCUUUAAAGUUAUACAGACAAUGACAUUGACAUCGGCAGUAUUAGUAAAUUGAUACAAACAACGAUUUUAUUUUAAUCGCAUAUCAAAUAUAGGAACUCUUCAGCAUUAAUGAGCAUAUGCUGUCAAUGUAUGUGAUUCGUGCACCAGAUGUGCAAUUUGACAUUUAACUUUGGCAGGGAGGCAGUUGUGUGGAAGUCGGCGAGCGUGCAGGUACUGAGAAGGCUGAUAUAUCGCCGGAUCAUGAGGGCAGGCCUUGAUACAGCAGUGGAUUGAUCACGGCUACUGCUGCUGCUGCUGAUGAUGAUAAUGAUGCUUCGAUUUGAGGUUGUUCUUGUUUUACUGUCCAUUGUUCUCAAAACAUGUUGCCUAGCCCACCUUACCAUAAUAUACGGUAUUCUCGGCAUUUCGAAUUGAGGCGCAAUUAUGGAAAAUUGUGUUAAACAAAUCAAACGCAACAGCCUUUACACUGACGACAAUAUACCGCUCUGUGCUGAUAAGUCAAACUAAUUACCGCACUGCGUAUGAAAAGCCUACAGCCAAAAUGCAUUGUAGCAAGAAGAUGAUGAGCAGCGAUAACCCUAUAUUAGUAGGGAUCAUCUCAUGUUAAGACAUAAAGAUCCCCCGUAUAGCGUUAAUAGACUUUUGGGGCAAGUGUUGUUAGCGAGCAACGAUGAAGACCAGCACGGUACACGAUGGGGUGGGAGGCAAGUACCACGCCUGACCGCCUUUUUUGUUUUCCCUAGCGUUGAUAUUUACACACCGCACCAGAUAUUAAUUUGAGGCCGAGUCAACCUAGAGUAGGCCCGUGACCGGCCCAGAUGAUCAAACUCGAGAUGCCGGGUUCGUAGCGCAGUGCGCUAACCACUACACAUUAAGACACAAAGACAAAGAUCCCCCGUAUAGCCCUAACAGGUUGUUGGGGCAAGAGCACACACACACACUGCUCCAAAGCCAUUAGCCAGGGCACCAACGCACGUGGGGACAUUGGCUCGAGAGGACAAAAAACCCUCACGUGGCACUACCUCCCUCGCCAUCCAUUAGGAGAGUCCUUGCCCAUCACUCUGCCCGGUUUGGUAUUAAAGUCAAAGCAACAUUUGCUACCCUGUAGACGCGUAUUUCAUGGAUGUUUGGUAGUGCGCUGCCGGCUAGCCGCUUAGCUUGCACGGCCGAUGCAAAACCAUUUGUGCGUAAGAGGAGGGAGCAGGGUUCGAGACCGGCCCAUGGUGAACUAUGCGGCAUGCAGUAGCGGCAGUGGCAAUUGGGACUAUUUCAUCGAUGUUGCUUAAAAGGUAAUUAAAGCUCCACGGGGCCAGAGCUUGGGACAGCUUCGCCCUGUUCAUUCUCGAAGGCAACCGGUACACUUUGUGUGCUCCACAAAGACCAAAGUCGGCACACGUGCAUGGCGAGUGUGCACGCAAGGUACUGGAAUGCACGCGUAUUAAAUCAUUGUCGUCCAACAUUUGAGCCGCAGAGAGUCCAUUUGGGAUGUAUCAGCUGUGUUGGGAAGUGAGGCGGACGCUUGCCAUGUCAACGUUGGUGUAUUUUGUUGCAACUUCGCUGAGGAUAAUAUUUUAUAUGAGAUUUUAAAUCUAAGGUUGUCUAAACGAGUGUCUACAAACCAGCUUCGUAACAACAUUUCAAUAGACCGAGCACUGUUUCUGGAAGGGAAUAGAUGAGACAUAAUUUAUUCUUAAAAGUAUACCUGAAAAUGCACACUGCAUUAAACACGUUUUACGUAUUCUGUAUUUAUUGGUAUAUAUGUACAAACGUUUACCCCGCCACUCCUCCCUCGAUAACAUUAUUGAAGUUGUGCGACAUAGUAUGUAUACAAAUACAACUUGCAUUCAGUUGCUUACAUUGUUUUUGCUGACAUUUGCAAUAUGUUUUAUGCAUAUUAUAUACUUGUCUUUAAUAUGCUUCGAAAAACGUAUGUACGUGCGUACGUGUGCGCUGUGGGUGUGUGUUUACGUGCGUGCGCAUACGAUGGGUAAGUUUUACCGGCAUGGGUUUUGUAACGUCAUUGUAAACAAGCUGUGUUUAUGUUUUCUCUGGCCAUGUGGCUUCAGGGUAUAAUGCAUGUAAACAGCACUUAGCCAACGCCAGUGAGAUCGUGUAUUCAAAUUCUUUGUGUCGCUCCUGACGAUACAAACGCCAGGUGUUUUUGGAUGUUGAGUACAGGAUAGUCCAGAUGUAUUGUGGCCCCAAAUUAAUUCACCCCUAACAUUGUUUUUCCCUUUGCAUAUUAAUUUCUGUUUUAAAUAAACCUCAUUAGGUUUUAGUGAAAUUAAUUGGGGGGAUCACAAGACAUCUGGACCGCUCUGUACAAUGGGCAUCGGCCAGUCAUCGCUGACUCACACAACAACGAAUUGAUGUUGGCCUAUGUAUAUCGUUAUAUAUAUAAAUACUGUGAUUAGGUCAAACCCAACUAUUAUUUGCUAGAUAAUUACAAAUUAAAAUGCUCUCUCAUAUCCACUUUUUGAAGAGAACAUUCAAGUGAAAUAGAUCACACAAGUCCCUUUGAUGGCAAACCUGGAGUCCAUUAUAAUUACAAUCACAGCGCUAUCGGUAGCUUAAAUCGCAAUUCCACCGUGGGUGUGAUUCAUUGCAAAUUAUUGAAAUUACAAUUGUAAUUGACCCAGGGUUCUGCAUUGAAGUGUGCACGAAGGGCCAUAUCAAUGACGAACGUCGUUUGAGACAAAGAACCGCGUUUUAAAACGGAUUGUGAAUGGGCCAAUUUUUUUUGUGAAUGGUACCAUUUUAUAUCAAUGGCAGCAUUGCUAUUGAUUUUUUUUUACUUACACAUGUAUCGUGUACAUAUGAGCAUUUAUGGUAUACCUUUUUGAAAUCGUGUUGGUCAUUGUCUGAGCAAAUGUAAGAAAUUUCUAUGAUUGUGGUUUUUUUUGCUAAUUUGGUUUCGACUUUUGUCUUUGGCAUAAAUACACUUCAGAAAGCUCGAUUUGAGAAUCACGUCUGCUCUAUUCAGUGUUUCGUGCUGUACAUAUAUUCAUUUACAGAAGAGUGCCCACUUUGAAAAUAUACCACAAUGUCAUGAGCGUGGUGAAUUCAAUGACACGGCAUCGUGUCACCCUGAGGAAUUAAAUGACACCAUUCAAUUAAAUGCAUCGUUCUUCAUUUGACAAGGUGGGAGCUCAUUGAGAUUCAGUGUCCCUUUUUUCGAGGCAGGCCACGGUAACUAUCGGGAUGUAGAAGCAGCCAUUAUUUAACAAUACAUACCGGUUGGACGUUCUAAAACCGUUCAAUGACAUUGACGCAAGAGUGCCGUAUGCUUGUGAAUAAUAUCACAUGGUCUUCAAUGUCCUCUUAAAUGAAACUCAACUAUUUUAUUUUACCAGGUAAAGCCCACUGAGCUAUGUAGCUCUUUUCCAAAAGUGACCUGGCCACAAAUGCUAGCUCGACUGUGUGGCACAUCAGCAUGUGCAUGUACAACAGCGAACCAAUCUAAACGCACGUUUCUUAACGUGGAGGCAAUAAUCUAAGCGACCGCGGGGAGAACGCGCAAACUCCACAUAUACAGACAUAGGGUCUGCAGGCUCUCAGACACGACCUCCUGCAUACCACACACAGGAGAUAACAUCUCGCCAGCGCGGAGAGAUCUAUCAUCACAGGAGAAGGAUACAUCCCGCUCCCAGUCCACCCACUCCCAUCAUAGCAAUGUGGAAUUUCAAACGUUGGUUCAGAACGUGCAAUGGAGACGAGGACUGCCCCUGCGCUUUAAGCACGGCGACACUGUGAUUGAGACGUGGCUUUACUUAGAACUGGCAGCUCGCUUGGCUAAUGCCGGGUAAAAUGCAGCACGCGGUUGUGGUUGGAGCUGUCGACUUGGUGCAAAUUUGCGGGCUGGCGAACCCUCCGACUGCUGUGCUCCAGGCACCCACGCAGGACGCUUGCAUUCCUCCAGCGCUCCCUUCCAAUCACUCCACCUGCAUUUUGUUAAUUGGAUAACAAGCCUCGACUACGUGAGUGUUGAUUGCCACUCCACGUGUAAAGGGCACGCUGUUUCUAGCUCACUCACAUGUCAUUCAAAACGACAAGCAUUUAGGCAAUUCUGUUUCACAUGACUGUAUUGUUAAAGUAGUGUUUGCAGGCAAAGAGACAUUAACAAAAAAUAAUUGGCAUUAUGAACAGCUUGAAAAAUACCCACGUAUGUGUACUUCUGGUAAUGCAACAAUAAAGUACAAUGUAAUAGCAAUUGGAUGUAUAUAGCGUAUAUAUGUGACCGCGUAUCAAGCCACUCUGUAGAAAAAGUGGGAAUAUUUAGUUUGUUGAUAGAGGCAGUCAGUCAUAAGUAGUGGAACACGGAAGGUCUUCAGGCUGCACUUGAACAGGGAAAGGAAGUCGAUAGCAUGGGUAAGGAGUUCCAGUCUAUUCGGUAGCAUGAGCCACCUCCCACUGAACGACGGUGGACUGUUGCGUUGCUUUAACAGACAGACUUGGUUGCUGGGGCAGAUAGUGCAUAAAGGGGAGUAGAGUG